CGGUGACGCCUAACCAAGACGGCCACGGUAGAGCCAGCUGCUUUCUAGGCUGACAGAAAUGGACUCAGAAAUCAAGGAAGAAAUUCCUGUGCACGAGGAAUUCAUUCUAUGUUGUGGAAUUGAAACCCAGGUUCUAAAGUGUGGGCCCUGGACUGACCUCACUAGCGAUCAAAUUGCCAACAGGCCUAAGCUGCUUAUUUUCAUUAUUCCUGGUAACCCAGGUUUUUCUGCCUUUUAUGUGCCUUUUGCAAAGGCUUUGUAUUCUUCAACAAAAAGACGCUUUCCAGUUUGGGUUAUCAGUCAUGCUGGGCAUGCCUUGGCCCCCAAAGACAAGAAGAUUCUUACAACCUCAGAUGAUCCAAAUGCUCAAGAAAUUAAGGACAUCUAUGGACUCCGUGGUCAAGUAGAACACAAGCUAGCUUUCCUGAGAACUCAUGUGCCAAAGGAAAUGAAACUUGUGGUCAUUGGCCAUUCCAUAGGCUGCUAUUUCUCCCUUCAGGUUCUGAAGCAUGCCCCUGAGCUCCCAAUGAGACCGAAGUUCCAAGGAGUUAUGUGUCUUAUCCAUAUGUCAGUUAGCUAAGUAAAUGGCAGAACUAGGACUCUCUAUUCUGUUCUCUAACUUUUCCAUCAUCAGCCUUCAGGUGAGUUAGUUACGAAGGUUACGAUUAUAAAUAAUUAGAGCAAGUUACUUCGACAAACCAUCAAAACCUAUUUAACCUAAACUUAAGGUUUCUACUGUUAUUUCUUUGAGAACUGAGGUCUUCGGAUACACAAGGAGGGUUUUAGCAGUUAUGAGUGAAUGCUUUCGGGGGAGGUCAGAGAGAAUUGGGAGAAACGAGAACAUGUCUUGAGUGUCUGGAGCAUAGAAGAUCAAGGGAGCUGGUAGUGAGGUAUGGACCAAGGGCAGAAAUUAAACUCCGAAGACAGUGAAUCAGAAUCCUAGAAUUGAGCUGGGGCAGAAGGAAGAUUAGAAUGUGAAGGGAACUGAAAGAUGCUGCAAACGCACUGUACAAUAGUCUACAGUUGUGUCUGCAUAACCCAUUAGUGAACCCCAGUGUGUGAAAACCACAGGGGUCAGGCAGUUGACAACUACUCUGGUUUGUGAAAGACUCUUCAUUUCAGAAAACAACAAAUCCCCUGUUCUGAGGAAAGUUUGUACUGAAUAUGAUGAAAUGCUAUUUUUCUAAUCACUUAUGCAUUUAUUUAUAUAUAUGUUAUCUGUUUAUGUGUACACACAAACACAUUAUCUUUUCUGAAUUACCCACAGACUACCUUAUUGAAAACUAGACACAUGGAAAGUUUCAACUUUUCAACUUCAGCCAUUUUUUAGUUAUCUGCAUAUUAAAGAAAGAUCCUGAAAUUGCUUUGAAAGUGGAAAAAUUGUGUGGGCUUUUUCAUUUUUCAUAACUCAAAAACUAUUUAAUAUAUUUUUCUCAAACUUUGCAAAAAAAAAAAAUCACCUUUGGGCUGAAACCAAGCAUGGAAAAUUUCACCACAAAGGGCUAAUUUUUUGGAAAGCUGCAAGAAAAUGAAAACAGUGGUUUAUAAUAGAACGUUCUUCAUGCAUGUUAAUACUUAGUACUUUAUCUAAUGCAUUUCAUCUGAGAAUUUCUGAACACUUUUCAGAUUUAAAUAUUGAGCCAUUUUAAUAUAUGUGUAUCCGUAAUAGACUGUUAGAUAUGGAAAAUUCCCCCCAUGCUCUCAAAGGUUCAGUAUAUAUUGGGAGUUAGUGAGAUGUGUUUAAAGGGACAGGUAGGACAAAUGAUGUGAAGUGGCUACUAGCCAGAGAAAGCCUUACAUUAACUGCCUAAACAUAUUUUAUCACCACCUCUUCCUCGCCCAGGAGUAGUUGUGAGUAGAGUAUACUUGAUGACAUAAGGUAUUUGAUUCAUAUAUCUGAGCCAGUAGUUCUCAAACCAGUAUCAGCAUCACCUGGGAUCCUGUUAGAAACACAAAUUAUUGGACCCCACCCAGACUUAAGGAUCAAACUCUAGGGCUGAGACUCACCAAUCAGUGUUUUAACAAGUACUCUAGGUGAUUCUGAUGCAUGCUGUAGUUUGAGAACUAGAACUUUUUCCAAAAGCUUGGAGCGUAGAAUAUUCUGAGAUGUUAUGGACAGUUAAAUCUGUCCUCGGUCUUUCCAUACAUGUCAUCUCUGUCUUCUCAUAUCAUUCCUUGGAAGCAGGAGGAAUACUUAUCAAGUUCUCUAAAAGAAAGAUCUUCUUUCCUGUGUUUCAUGUAUUCUAGCUCUUUGCACCUAUGACCUUACCACAAGCCCAGUGAGCCCCCUUGAGUAAAGAUGUUGAUAUAGGGAAACAGCACUACCAAGACGUAUUUUCUCAUUUCCAUAAUUCAAGCCUGGGAUGGGACCAUGUAUUUCAUUCUCAUUUCUUUGAAGUCUUAAGAUCCAAGAUUUAAGCAGCAAGGUAGCAGAGGUCUGUCAGUGGAAGCUGAUUUAAGCCCUGCUCUUUUAUGGGCAAGUUCUUAAUCUUAAGUUUCGUUAAGGGCCCUCUGCAUACCAGCAAACUCCAGUGUCAGUAUUUUUGUGUUUAGGCACUGAAGUAGUUGUGUAUGUGGCAUUGUAACAGAUUUUAAGAAUAUUCUCCUGAUGACAGAAGUGGACUUCUGGCUGAUCACUGGUGCCCCAGCUUGUAAGGGUGAAGCUUAGGUAUAGCCUGGGAGAGGUGUUUAAGCAGUUUAAGGUUUAUG